GGCCGCGUCGGGUAAACCUGUUUGGCGAGGCGGCCGCGCCGGGGCGGAUCGAGCGGCCGGGCUCCCUCGCGGCUCGCGGCGUCGGGGCCCGUGGCGCGCGCGCGGCCGCCCUCGGCCCCGGAGCCCUCGGCGGCGCCACCAUGUACGCGGGAGCCGGCCCCGUGCUCGCGCCCCCGGCGCCGCCCCCGCUCCAGGGCUAUGCCUUCAAGCCGCCGCCCCGGCCCGACUUCGGGACCUCGGGGAGGACCAUCAAGCUGCAGGCCAACUUCUUCGAGAUGGACAUUCCGAAAAUCGACAUCUACCACUACGAGCUGGACAUCAAGCCGGAGAAGUGCCCGCGGAGAGUGAACAGGGAGAUCGUGGAGCACAUGGUGCAGCACUUUAAGACCCAGAUCUUCGGGGACCGGAAGCCUGUGUUCGACGGGAGGAAGAACCUGUACACGGCCAUGCCCCUGCCCAUCGGGCGGGAGAAGGUGGAGCUGGAGGUCACGCUGCCGGGCGAAGGGAAGGACCGCAUCUUCAAGGUGUCCAUCAAGUGGGUGUCCUGCGUGAGCCUGCAGGCCCUCCACGACGCGCUGUCUGGGCGGCUGCCCAGUGUCCCCUUCGAGACCAUCCAGGCCCUGGACGUGGUCAUGAGGCACCUGCCGUCCAUGAGGUACACGCCCGUGGGCCGCUCCUUCUUCACCGCCUCCGAGGGCUGCUCCAACCCGCUGGGCGGGGGCCGGGAGGUGUGGUUCGGCUUCCACCAGUCCGUCCGCCCCUCCCUCUGGAAGAUGAUGCUCAACAUCGACGUCUCGGCGACGGCCUUUUACAAGGCACAGCCCGUCAUCGAGUUUGUCUGUGAAGUUCUGGAUUUUAAAAGUAUUGAAGAACAACAAAAACCUCUGACAGAUUCCCAAAGGGUCAAGUUUACCAAAGAAAUCAAAGGUCUGAAGGUGGAGAUCACUCACUGUGGGCAGAUGAAGAGGAAGUACCGCGUCUGCAACGUGACCCGGCGGCCGGCCAGCAACCAAACGUUCCCGCUGCAGCAGGAGAGCGGGCAGACGGUGGAGUGCACGGUGGCCCAGUACUUCAAGGACCGGCACAAGCUGGUGCUGCGCUACCCCCACCUCCCCUGUUUACAAGUCGGCCAGGAGCAGAAACACACCUACCUUCCCCUCGAGGUCUGCAACAUCGUGGCGGGACAGAGAUGUAUAAAGAAGCUGACGGACAACCAGACCUCAACCAUGAUCAGAGCCACGGCCCGGUCGGCGCCCGACCGGCAGGAGGAGAUCAGCAAGCUGAUGAGGAGCGCGAGCUUCAACACCGACCCCUAUGUCCGGGAGUUUGGGAUCAUGGUCAAGGAUGAGAUGACGGACGUGACCGGGCGGGUCCUGCAGCCGCCCUCCAUCCUCUACGGGGGCCGGAAUAAAGCGAUCGCCACGCCGGUGCAGGGCGUGUGGGACAUGAGGAACAAGCAGUUCCACACGGGCAUCGAGAUCAAGGUGUGGGCCAUCGCCUGCUUCGCGCCCCAGCGCCAGUGCACCGAGGUCCACCUCAAGUCCUUCACGGAGCAGCUCAGGAAGAUCUCGCGGGACGCGGGGAUGCCCAUCCAGGGCCAGCCGUGCUUCUGCAAGUACGCCCAGGGCGCCGACAGCGUGGAGCCCAUGUUCCGGCACCUCAAGAACACCUACACCGGCCUGCAGCUGGUGGUGGUCAUCCUGCCGGGCAAGACCCCCGUCUACGCCGAGGUGAAGCGCGUGGGGGACACGGUGCUGGGCAUGGCCACCCAGUGCGUGCAGAUGAAGAACGUGCAGCGGACCACGCCGCAGACGCUGUCCAACCUCUGCCUCAAGAUCAACGUGAAGCUGGGCGGCGUGAACAACAUCCUGCUGCCACAGGGCAGGCCGCCCGUGUUCCAGCAGCCGGUCAUCUUCCUGGGCGCCGACGUCACGCACCCCCCCGCGGGGGACGGGAAGAAGCCGUCCAUCGCUGCCGUCGUGGGCAGCAUGGACGCCCACCCCAACCGCUACUGCGCCACGGUGCGCGUGCAGCAGCACCGCCAGGAGAUCAUCCAGGACCUGGCGGCCAUGGUGCGCGAGCUGCUCAUCCAGUUCUACAAGUCCACGCGCUUCAAGCCCACGCGCAUCAUCUUCUACCGCGACGGCGUGUCCGAGGGCCAGUUCCAGCAGGUGCUGCACCACGAGCUGCUGGCCAUCCGCGAGGCCUGCAUCAAGCUGGAGAAGGACUACCAGCCGGGCAUCACCUUCAUCGUGGUGCAGAAGCGGCACCACACGCGGCUCUUCUGCACCGACAAGAACGAGCGGGUCGGGAAGAGCGGGAACAUUCCAGCAGGCACCACCGUGGACACGAAGAUCACCCACCCGACCGAGUUCGACUUCUACCUGUGCAGCCACGCUGGCAUCCAGGGAACAAGCAGGCCUUCCCACUACCACGUGCUUUGGGAUGACAAUCGUUUCUCUUCCGACGAGCUGCAGAUCCUCACCUACCAGCUGUGUCACACCUACGUGCGCUGCACACGCUCCGUGUCCAUCCCAGCGCCAGCGUACUACGCUCACCUGGUGGCCUUCCGGGCCAGGUACCACCUGGUGGACAAAGAACACGACAGUGCUGAAGGAAGCCAUACCUCCGGGCAGAGUAACGGGCGGGACCACCAGGCACUGGCCAAGGCGGUGCAGGUCCACCAGGACACGCUGCGCACCAUGUACUUUGCUUGACGUGUUGUGUUUACGAUUGUGUGCGGAGUCGGAUUCACACGAGACCAGCGACACUCAGACCAACCGACGCCAGCCCCGUGGCAGCCAGCAGUGGACCCAGACGUCGUGGACUCAGCCGAGGCUCCUCCCAGAAUGCCUUCCGUCCGGACUCCACACUCGUCCUGAGCUGCAGACCUGUAUGAGACCCGCUGUCGCCGGAGCUAUGGUUUGCCAAAAUCUGUCCGCUGCUCAUUAAACAGUCCCGUGUUUUCUAAAACAUCUCCUAAAAGCAGUCUAUGAACUCAGGGCUUUAAAACAUUUUUAAUUUAUUUGGUCAUUCGAUUUACUUGUUUUUAACAUGUGAUUCUGUAUGGAAUUGAUGGGCUCAAACUAGCUGGGAGUGUGCUCUGAGGUGAAAGCAACACAAACACUAUUGUGGUUUUAAAGCCUUGACCAUUCUGACGUCGUGUGCCCUGACGUGGCUCCGCCAGCUCUUAGGGGCCCGCGUGGGCGCCCACCCACAGGGGAACGGGGCUGGGUCACCAGAGGCCACGCCCACUCGACAUUUCUAGGUCCUGAGAGAUUGGCAGCCAAGUGCCAUUUUAAUAAAAAUUUAUU